UUGCGUUAGGCGUCGGAGGAGGAGGAGGAGGAGAGUGGCCUUGCGUGGCGCGCGUCGGUAAACAGGCAAUAUGGCGGCGGCAGUAGCGGGGUCGGCGGUGGCUCUGGGCUUUCUGCAACGCCGAAGGGGUUUAGCUGCGGUGUCGGCUGCCGCCGCCGCCGUUACUCUCUCCUGCUCCUCUCCUUCCUCUCUCGGUCGUCUGAGCGGGUUGGCGCGAGGGCACUGCGCGGCCCUGACCUCGGCUGGGAGAGGUUACAGCUCUGAGGCGAAGGUGGGGGAGGAGGAACUGCGGGUCCGGCACUUGGACGACGAGCACAAAGGAAUUGUGGUGCUUGGAAUAAACAGAGCACAUGCAAAAAAUGCACUUAAUAAGAAUCUUAUCAAAACGAUUUCAAAAGUUGUGGAAGCUUUGAAAAUGGACAAAAAAGUGCGGACGGUUAUAUUCCGAAGUGAAGUUCCUGGGAUAUUUUGUGCUGGUGCUGACCUUAAAGAAAGAGCCAAAAUGCAUUCUAGUGAAGUAAGCUCUUUUGUUUCAAAAGCAAGAGCAGCGAUUAAUGAAAUGGCUAAUCUUCCAGUACCAACUAUUGCUGCAAUAGAUGGUAUUGCAUUAGGUGGUGGCCUGGAAUUGGCUUUAGCCUGUGACAUAAGAGUGGCAGCCACUUCUGCAAAAAUGGGUCUAGUUGAAACAAAGUUAGCAAUCAUUCCUGGUGCAGGGGGGACUCAAAGGCUACCUCGUACAAUUGGAGUAUCUUUGGCAAAAGAACUAAUCUUUUCUGCACGAGUUGUUGAUGGCGAAGAAGCAAAAUCAAUAGGAUUAAUCAGUCACGUUGUGGAACAGAAUGAAGCAGGGGAUGCUGCCUACAGAAGGGCAUUAGCUCUGGCUCAAGAAUUUUUACCUCAGGGACCAGUAGCAAUGAGAGUCGCAAAAUUGGCCAUUAAUCAAGGAAUGGAGGUGGAUCUUCUAACAGGCUUAGCAAUUGAAGAAGCUUGUUAUGCUCAGACGAUUCCAACAAAAGACAGAGUUGAAGGUCUCCUUGCUUUUAAAGAAAAAAGACCCCCUCGCUACAAGGGAGAAUAGAAAAAAACCAAUGCCUUUAAAAUAUAAUGAAUGAAAUAAACAUACUACUAGACGGACUUUUUAGCUGUUGUUGACUCAGAGCCUGGAAUAUCACAACCAUGAAAAGAAAAGUAACCACUCAUACUUUGAUAUCUAUAAUGUACUUAAAUGUGUAUCUAGUCUUUCUCCACUAUGGUUUUGAAAGGUUUUCUAUGUGUCUGCAAGGUCAUUGAGUCAUAAUGCAUUUUUAUUCUAUAUGUAUCAAUUGCAUUCCUAAUCAGGAAUUCCUAAUAUAGACAAAACUUAAAGUAACAAUAAAUGCAUAAGUCUUCUUAUGUUAGAAUGAAAUAUAUCCAUACACAGAAAAAUAUGAAAUGUACUACAUGAGGUUUCAAAAUGAAUCGGUAGGUCAAAAAGAUCAUGUUUAUUCUAGCUGAUUGUAUAAAUUUAUUAAUAACAUCAGCUGAAUUGAAGAUUGAGAGUAAAAGGAUUAUAUGUUCAUGUUUUCUGUUGGUAUACAUAAAAUCCAUUUGGAAACUUUGCAGCACAUUAUGCAAUUUAGUUGUAAAGGGUGGCUUACUAUAUUAAUUGCACUGUGCUGAAGUUCUUCCUCCUUCAGUAAUAAGCUUUUAAUAAUAAAGUAAAACCUGAUCUUAGGUUAUUUUUUCACAGAGCUAUUUGAAUGCAACAUGCCAUAAUUAUAUUUUCACACCUGAUACUAUAUGCCUGCCUUGCUAGUUGUAUGCAUGUGCAAAUAUUAAUGCUGAACAGAAUCAUUUUAAAACCAUUGUGUAGGGGCUUUCCUAUGUAGGUUUAUAUUCACAUUACAUAUUAAGGAAAUGCAAUGCUUCUACAGCCUAAUCCAAAGCAUGUUUGUUCUGAAGUAAAUCCCUUUUGUUUCCUACUGGGAUUUACUUCCUAGAAGGUAUGUAUAGGACUGCAGCUAUGUGUUAUAUGAAAAAGCUUGUUUAUAGUUGUCAGGCUAACUGAAAAUGCUAAUGAGAAAACUGCAGACUUUAAGAAGUUGUCCUUUUGCAGGACUGUACGUAUGUUAUGUUCAGAUGUGAAGCCAUCUCAAAAAAUUACAGAUUACAGUGUGGGGCAGCUGUGCAAAAAUGGCAGCCUUUUUGUUUUUUUCAUAUUUAAACCUUUUCAUAUUGCACAUAUGAAUGUAUAUGGUGUCAUUUCUGUGGUUUUUGAGGUCAAGCAAUUGAUUUGUGAACAUUAAAAUAUGUUCUGAGUAA